AUGACCAGAAGUGGUCGAAUCUUUACACCACCAGAAUUGGCGAGAGAAGGAACCAAUGAUAGGGAAGCAACAAUGGCUGCAAAAGCAAAGAAGUUCUUGAGGGGGAAGAACGUGGAGGCCGAGGAGACCCCCGACAAAGAGGAGAAGAGGGAAAUAUCUGAAGAAGAAGUCGGUGAAUUCCUAAAGUUCAUACAACAGAGUGAGUACAAAGUGGUGGAACAGUUGAACCGCAUGCCUGCUCGGAUCUCCUUGCUAGAAUUACUCAUGCACUCUGCCUCCCACCGAAAGUUGUUGAUGAAGAUACUCAGUGAGGCUCAUGUGGAGCAAGGUAUUUCUCUGAACAAGUUCGAGGGAAUUGUUGGCAACAUCGUUGCUAAUAAUUACCUCACCUUCACUGAUGAAGAGAUACCUGUUGAGGGGAGAGGUCAUAACAAAGCCCUUCAUGUCUCGGUGAAAUGCCUGGAUCAUGUGAUAGCACGUGUCUUAGUGGAUAAUGGAUCCUCCCUGAAAGUCAUGCCAAAAGCAACCUUGGAGAAGCUACCCAGUGACGGAACGCAUAUGAAGCCAAGUUCUAUGAUUGUGAGAGCCUUUGAUGGUAGUAAGAGGGAAGUGAUGGGAGAGGUAGAACUACCAGUCCAAGUCGGUCCGUGUGUCUUUCAAGUGACAUUCCAAGUCAUGGACAUCCUCCCAGCCUAUAGUUGCCUGUUGGGUCGCCCAUGGAUCCAUUCUGCAAGGGUUGUGCCUUCUACACUACAUCAAAAGUUGAAGUAUGUUAUGGGAGACAAGCUGGUGAUAGUGGCAGGAGAGGAGGAUUUCCUGGUGAGCGGACCAUCAUCUUCCCGUUAUAUUGAAGCAGCCGAGGAAGCUCUCGAGACAGCUUUCCAAUCUCUGGAGAUCGUGGGAAACACCUAUGUGGAGUCAUUCGCGGGGCGAGCAUUCCCUCUAGAGGUCGUCGAGAACAAGAAUAGGUAUGGACUGGGAUACAAGCCCACCAAGGAGGAUAGGAGAAGGCUGAUAGAAGAAAGGAGAGAGCGUAGUCUGGCUCAGGUGGCAAGACGGGAGCCCAAAGUGGGAAGAAUUCGUAUCUGUGACCUCAAGGAGAGCUUUCGCAGCGCUGGUUGGGUUAACGCUGGCCACAUAGCAGCUGUGGGAGAUGAAGAUGGAUCGGAAGGCUCCAGUUUCGUGUGGGCCUGCUCCCCGGAUGCACGACUCGACAACUGGAAGAUGCUGGAUUUGCCCGUGAUGCUUAAUUUGAAUGAGAUAUAUGACAAUGAAUGUUUUGAAAGUAAUUAUGUCGAUAUUCCUGAUUUUGGGCGCCCUGUCAAUAAUACGGAAGAUGAUUGUGAUGAUGACCCGGAACCCCCUCCUGGACUGUUAAGACUAGUGGAACAAGAAUGUAAGGAGAUAAAACCUCACCAGGAAGAUGUUGAAGUACUCAAUUUAGGGAAUGAGGAUGAGGUAAAGGAGGUGAAGAUCGGUACAACCAUGAAAGCAGAAGUGAAAGAAAAAUUGCGUGUCUUAUUGAGGGAGUUCAGGGAUGUGUUUGCUUGGUCUUACAAUGACAUGCCAGGCCUCCAUACAAAUAUUGUACAACACAAGCUCCCACUUAAGCCGGAAUGCCCACCGGUAAAACAAAAGCUAAGAAGAAUGAAACCGGAAAUGUCCUUGAACAUCAAGGAGGAGGUACAGAAGCAAUUUGAUGCAGGGUUUCUAGCUGUGGCGAGAUACCCAGAAUGGGUAGCAAACAUUGUACCGGUGCCUAAGAAGGAUGGUAAAGUUCGGAUGUGUUUCGAUUAUCGAGAUUUGAAUCGCGCAAGCCCAAAGGAUAAUUUCCCAUUACCACACAUCGACACCCUAGUUGAUAAUACAGCCAAGUAUUCAUUGUUUUCGUUCAUGGAUUGUUUUUCGGGGUAUAACCAGAUCAAGAUGGCGCCAGAAGAUAUGGAAAAGACGACUUUUAUUACAUUGUGGGGCACAUUUUGUUAUAAGGUGAUGUCUUUUGGACUCAAGAAUGCUGGGGCAACAUAUCAAAGGGCGAUGGUGGCACUUUUCCAUGAUAUGAUGCACAAGGAGAUUGAAGUUUAUGUGGACGACAUGAUCGCGAAGUCCGAAUCAGAAGAAGAACACGUCCUCAACUUGAGAAAGUUAUUCGAGAGAUUGAGGAAGUAUAAGCUUAGGCUGAAUCCCGCCAAAUGUACAUUUGGAGUGAAAUCCGGGAAAUUGUUGGGCUUUAUUGUCAACUAG